CAGGAUGCCGCCAUCGGUGUGACGCAGUGUCCCAUCCCGCCCGACGGAACCUACACGUACUUCAAGAGUGCCGACGAACAGCAUGGGACGUUCUGGUACCAUUCGCAUCACUCAGCUCAACGGGCCGAUGGCCUCUUCGGAGCGCUAAUCGUUCAC